CCGAUUUGAUGGAUUGUUUGUUUGGCUGUGGAACUUGUCUUUAUGGUUUGGUGAAGCUAUGCCUGCAUGGUGUACUGCGACAUCUCUGGUCGGGCAGAGAGGCUCCCACUGCUUCUCAAGGGUCAGGGAGUAGGGCCACAGGUUCUUUUUACAUAUGAUGUCCUCGACGUUGGGAAACUGUUUAUAAGCUCUCUACAUGUGUACGAGGUUGACUUGCUAAAUCGAGGUGAGAUCGAGGCGCGGUUUCAGCUUGUGCCAAAUCGGUCUCGCUUUGGCAGGCAGUUUACAAUUGACCCAACGGAGGGUGUUAUUCAUGCUGGCGAGUCCCAGACAAUUUACAUUUCCUUCACUCCAUCAACAAUAGGAGAAUUCUCUGAGCAUUUCAUGUGGAAGGUUGAGGGUUCACUAGAAGACCUUGUGGUGCAUUUGAAGGGAACAGUCAUUGGGCCGACAUUUCACCUUGACAUGGAUACAAUCGACUUUGGCAAGGUGUCAUACAGUUUCCAAUACUCUAAGGAUGUCCAGGUGCAUAAUGACAGUGAUAUCCCGAUGCGUUUCGUACUACGCCUUGAUGUGGAUGAAGGCGUAAAAGGGGAAUUCUCCAUCGUUCCCACUGAAGCAACAAUUCUGCCAUGGAUGAAAUAACUCCCAUCUGUUCAGUAGUCAAAAUAUUUCCGGCAGCUGGUUGGUGGAGGUUUGGCCAGAGGAGCCCAAAUC